AUGGCCUGGGACCCGAACACCCGAAGCCCCCUCUGUCCAUUUGGGGGGUCGCCUUCCAUCCUGCUAUGUUACUCCAGCACUGCCUGGAGCCAGCUAAUUCAGGCGACCACCGAGCCACCGAAAAAGAAACCGGAUCCCGUCACAUCGGAAACUGUGGUGAUUUGGGGUUUGCGACUUUGGCAAGUGGUUGGAAUUUUUGCCAUUUUUGUGCUGAGUGUUAUCAUCACCCUCUGCUGCAUCUUCAAAUGUCGCAUCCCGAGGACCAAGAAGGAGAUUGAGGCCCGCUACGCCAGGAGGCAGGCGGCCAAGAUGUAUGCAGACAAACUGGACAGUGUGCCCCCCCUCAACGAACUGACGGAGAUCCCAGGAGAGGAAGAAGAAGAACAAGAAGAAGAAGUGCCCACCGUAUCGGGCAAAGUGGAUGCCCAGAAGAAGAAAGAAAAAUCGAAAGAGGGAAAGAAAGAAAAGAAGAAACAGCAAGAGGAAAAAGAAGAAAAGGAAACACCUGAGAAGGACGGGAAAGAGGGAACGAAGCAAAAGCAAUGCAAGAAAGAAGGGAAUGAGACAAAAUCAGAGAAGAGGAAGAAAGAAAAAGUAGAAAAGAAUAGCGGCAAAGAGGAACGCAGAGGCAAUUCCAGGGCACGCACAAAAACAGCUGGAAAUCUUAAACAUUCAUCCCGGAAAAAGUGA